AUGGAAUCGUCGUCUCCAGUCAACUCAAACGGUGAACGUGAACGCGCCGGAAAUGCGACGACGGAGGUGAACCUAUCUCCGGCGGAGAUGUAUCGACGAGGUGUGUCUCUGUUGCAACUUUCUCAUAGAUCUCUCGAGGAACCGCUGUUUCGAUUCCCGACUGGUGUUGAUGUCGAAACCCUAGAUUCCUCUUUCGCUAUGCUCUCCCUUCGUGAGCAGAAUCCGUCACUUGAUAAUCUCUGGACCAAUCGAUCAUCACUGCAGCAAAAUCAAGGCGGGGGUUGGUCUCUUCCUCCUCCACAGCGUGAAGUAGAUUUGCAACAUAUGAUGAAUCCCUACUUUCAAAGAACAUCGUCGUUUCUGAACGAUUACGUUAACGGAGGAUCGUAUGGGCAGAGUAAUGUCACGCUUGACAAUGUGUUUGGUUGUUGGAGAAGCAACAAAGGUUUCGUGAACCCGUCGUCUCUGUCUCUUGAGAAUGCGAGAAUGGGACCUAUUAUUGCUUUGCUUGCUAAGGAUCCAGACUCGAGUCUUGCCUUGCAGGACAAGAUCAAUGAUUGUUCAAAGGAGACAAUUGAUGUGAUCUUCAAUGGUUUUAUCUCUAGCAUCUAUGAGUUGAUGGAACACCCUCUAGCUUCUCAAGUCUUUCAGAAGCUUAUGCACAAGUGUAGCUCUCAACAGAUCAGUCUUAUCAUCGAUGUGAUCAGUCUGAACCAGUUAGGAUUUAUUAAGAUGUGCAUUGAUCCUGUCGGAACCCGUUCGAUACAGUCGCUGUUGAGGUGUCUUCAUUCUGAAGAACAGAUUCUGCGGGUAGUUGGAGCUGUUAGCAUGGGAAUACUUUCAUUUACUAGGAGCAACGGUGCUAAACAUGUGAUUAUGCAAUGCUUCAACCAGUUUCCUCCCUCGUUGAACCGGAAUCUUAUUGAAGCUUUAGCUCGGAACUGUUUGGGGUUAGCAAUUGAUCAACAUGGCUGCUGCAUGCUUCAGCAAUGUCUUGGUACUGGUUGUGAGGUGCUAACGAGACGUUUGAUUCGUGAGAUAAUCGCUAAUGCGUUGAAACUCUGCGUGAACAGAUUCGGAAACUACGUGGUGCAGUAUGUAGUGGAGCUGAAUGAUCCAAACGUAACAGUUUUGCUCGUGCAACAGCUGCUAGGGAACUACGUGUACCUCUCCCGUAACAAAUAUGGAAGUCAUGUUGUGCAGAAGUUCUUGAAAAUACAUUAUAUCGACCAUAGCAUGAUCAUAUAUGAAUUGCUUACCGAUAUUGAUACACUUCUUAUAGACCCUUUUGGAAACUAUGUCAUUCAAACCGCAUGGUUUGUGUGUGGGGACGUAUUGCGCUUCAAUUUGAUGAGCCAUAUAGAGCGUAAUAAACCAUUGAUGAGGUGCAACAAGUUUGGGAGGAAAGUUCUGGAUAAACUCAAUCUCUAGAGCCAGAGGCAAAGAAAAAGAAAGAAGAAUGUAUGUGUUAUCAUAAGUGUUUUGUUGUGUCAUUGUUGAUCUUUGUAGGUGAGGAUUCGUUGUGUGAAACAUGUUUUGUUACAUGACCAGACAAUAUUGUCCUCACCAGUAUGUUGUGUGUCUUGUCUUGAGAGAUUUAUGUUUUUGUGUUUGUUCUUUAGCUAUUCUCUAUAUAUGUUGAAGA